GAAACGAUCAAACAUGACCUUUGAAAAAAUAUAUAUGCCUCGCGCGCUCUCUUAAUACGCGACGACACGCUCCAUCACAUGCGAUCUGCGUGCAAUUGACGCGCCUGCCAACGGCACUCCUGCUAUAACCCGGCAGGACUUUGGACCUUAUCGUCACUGAUUAGGGAGCGCUGUAUUUUUACAGUCCAACGUUACGGGCGACAGGAAAGGACACGGAUCUCCGCAACGAUGUUCUCCACCUGCGUGAGGACGUUACGGGCCACCAGCAAGUUCGGUUCGCUGGCGCGCUACGAGUCCACUCUAGUCAUCGCGGAGCACAACAACGAGAAUCUACUGCCGCUCACGUGCAACACGUUGACAGCCGCCACGAAGAUAGGCGGCGAUGUUACUGUGCUGGUGGCCGGCACCAAGUGCGAGGCGGUCGCGCAGAACGCGUGCAAGGCCAAGGGCGUGUCCAAGGUUUUCCUCGCGGACAGCGACGCGUUCAAGGGAUUCACCGCGGAGUCGCUGACGCCGCUUGUACUCAAGCUCUGCAGCGAGUACAAGUUCACGCAUAUAUUAGCCGGUGCGAGCGCGUUCGGCAAGGCGUUGCUCCCCAGAGUUGCAGCCAAGUUGGACGUGUCCCCGAUAAGCGACAUUACCGGCGUAAAAGCCCCGGAUACCUUCGUGCGCACUAUUUACGCCGGCAAUGCCAUUCAGACUCUCAAGUCCAAGGAUAACGUAAAGGUGGUGUCCGUGAGAGGCACCUCUUUCGAGCCGCUGCCUCUGGAGGGUGGCGACGCCAAGUGCGAGAACGUCCCUACUGGCGAUUGCGCCUCCGGCCAAGUGGAGUACGUCAAGCAAGAGCUCAGCAAGUCCGACAGGCCCGAACUGACGUCCGCGAAAGUUGUCAUCUCCGGUGGACGUGGCAUGAAGUCCGGGGAGAACUUCCAGCUGUUGUACACAUUGGCGGACAAGCUCAACGCGGCCGUGGGUGCGUCCCGCGCCGCGGUCGACGCCGGCUUCGUGCCGAACGACAUGCAAGUCGGGCAAACCGGGAAAAUUGUCGCGCCUAAUCUGUACAUAGCGGUCGGGAUUUCGGGGGCGAUUCAGCACCUCGCUGGUAUGAAGGAUUCCAAAACGAUUGUGGCGAUCAACAAGGACCCCGAGGCUCCCAUCUUUCAAGUAGCGGAUUACGGAUUGGUCGCGGAUUUAUUUAAGGCCGUGCCCGAGCUAACGGGGAAGCUGUAAAUUGCGAGUGACUCGUGUGUAAAGAUUUGUAUACUUCAAAUCGUUUAUUUUUGUUACUAUAUUGUACCAUAAUACAGGAAUAUUAGAUUAAACUUUUUAUGACAGUUUUAA